UUCCAGAUGAAAUGAAUGAUGGCUGUUUACUUGUCAAAGAUUUAAAGAAGCACGAUGAACAGGGUUAACUCUAUCCCUGACUCUCUGAGGCGUGUUUUCUCCUCCUCCGACAUGCUGACCAGCCUCCCAUUCUCGGCACGCAAACUGAGUCACCCAGGAUGUGAGGGGCGUAACUAUCCAUAUUUACUAUUGGUUGGAUUAAUUGCUUUAUUAAUUCUUCUUUGUCUGGUUUACACGUUUGGAGGCAACAGAGUUUUUAGUGGAAAAUCUUCUCAACUGAUUACAGAAGAAAUUAACUAUGGAAUAGUGCUCGAUGCUGGUAGCAGUGGGACUAGAGCAUAUCUAUAUUAUUGGCCGGAACAUUCGGGAAACAAGCAUGAUUUACUCAGGUUUAGUAUUUAAAGGGAGUGAUCGCGA